GGUGGGACUAGAACUCACCAUCUCCCGGUUUCUAGCCCAGUGCCUUAACCACUACACCAGACUGGCUCUCGUGGUUCUAAAUAAACUCAUACUUUCUGGCUGAGCGAUGUUCCAGAAAUGGCCACUUGAAAUCGAGUCUGCAGGAGGUGGUCCGCAAAGUCAAGUUCGAUGGCUCCGCCACGGCCACAGUCUUGACUUUUUGGACCGCCUGCUGCGGACACCCCUGGCCACUUGCCAUCCUUCUGAAAGAUUAGCUUGUGUGCUGGAAGCGCUGGAGAAAGAAGGUUGUAUAUACUUUUCAAGAAAUGCCACUUCUUUUUGCCAAACGAAGAGGAGAACAGCCCACCAAGGGUCCCAGCUGAGCAUGUUGCAAUGAUGGCCAAUAAGCCACAGCACGGGAGAGGAGGGCGCACCAUGCGGAGAGUUGAGAUCCUGCAGGUAUCCCAUCACGAACCAUUCAAUAGAAUACGGCCUUGUUUGGCAGGAAAGACUGUGAUGCUUCUGUUCCGGCGCAUCUGGGGAGAUCGCUCCAUCAAGGCUUUGCCUUCCAGCCAUCCCUCGCUCGUAAUGGAUAUUCCUUUUGCCUGCGGCUGCGACAGCCUCUUGUUAUUUGCGUCGCAACAGGUUAUUUGUCUGGUGAAUAGCUGCCGGCCUGGCCCGAAACACGAUCCCUGCAUGGGAACAGCAGGAAACGGCAGAGGCAGGAACCUUGGCUUUCUGCCCACACUGUCACCUGGUGAGGCCAGGAACAAAGGGAGACAAAGCCAUUUUCAGAGGGACCCGGGCCACCCUAUGAAAAAAAUCCACUUAUUUUACUCAGAAAGUGGAAGAUUAAGAAACAACCACCGCUUCCCCAUACCUGUAUGUUCGGAAAAGAGGAACCUUGUUACUAUUGUGCUUCUAAGUUUUCCCUUUUUAAAAAGAGGAGAGAAGGCCUUAAAAUUUAUAAGUUAUCCUUGAAGGCGGGUUACGUUUGAUAAAAUUCUUGGAGCUUAGGGACAGGUUGGGCAGGAUUCCCAGUGUUGGUAGAAGCAUCUGUGUCCUGUUUAGUUCUUUGUCCCUUACCAAUAAUCGACAAGAAGGGGGAAGCAAUCCACGUUGAAGCCAGCAUUACAUAAAGUGCAAAUCAGAAAAGCUCUGAUUUUGGACAAAUGGGCUGACUUUAGCAGAUUGGGGAACAAAAGGAGAGCUGGGCCUUUCCUUUCCUUUCAUGUCUCUCCUGCUCCCCCCUCUGUAGGGGGCAUCUCACAUUUCCAUUCCCUGAUGACCCCCUCCACUGAAAGGUUUACCAUCCCAGGGUGACGUGGUAAAAGUCUCCCUUGCUCUUCUUGCAGAGUUGGCCAAUGGCUGGCCACAGCUGCAGUCUGUGUGGGCUGGGCCUGUAACCGAUACCCCCCAAGACAUGUACCCUGGGCAACUGUCUCUAGAGCCAGAAGACAGAGAAAGGGAGUCCUGUGCGCAGAGUCCUGGAGAGAGGCAGAGGGACAUGGCCACCAAAGUGGGGAAUGGGAUGGGCGCCGGCUUGGCCUCUCACUCCUCUUGGCCUUUCUUGUCCUAGUGAGGCAGAUCUGGCUCCCUCUUCCAACCAGACAGGACCAUCUCCCCUUCUUUGCUUCAAGGGCAGCAGCGUCUUCUACAGGCAGCGCGUGUAGGUGUUGGCUGGCCUUGGUGGACCUUCAUAGAUCGGUUUUAAAAGCCACCAAGCUUUGGAGCCCCCACUGUACAUCCUCCAGGAAAGAGGAGUAAAUUACUUCCCACUCCGCCAUGAAUUUUGGCUUCACGCAAGAGCAAGUGGCAUGCGUAUGCGAAGUCUUGCAGCAAGGGGGCAACAUCGAGCGCUUGGGCCGUUUCCUCUGGUCCCUGCCCGCCUGUGACCACCUGCACAAAAAUGAGAGUGUCCUCAAGGCCAAGGCUGUGGUGGCUUUCCAUCGGGGCAAUUUCCGGGAGCUCUACAAGAUCUUGGAGGGCUAUCAGUUCUCACCGCACAAUCACCCCAAACUCCAGCAACUGUGGCUCAAGGCUCACUACUCUGAAGCAGAGAAGUUGCGCGGAAGGCCGCUGGGGGCCGUGGGAAAAUACAGGGUGCGGCGCAAAUUCCCUUUGCCUCGGACAAUCUGGGACGGGGAAGAAACCAGUUACUGUUUCAAGGAAAAAUCCCGGAGCGUGUUACGGGAAUGGUACAUCCACAACCCCUACCCUUCCCCUCGUGAGAAGAGAGAACUGGCAGAAGCUACUGGGUUGACCACUAUUCAGGUCAGCAACUGGUUCAAGAACCGGCGCCAGAGAGACCGUGCAGCUGAGACCAAAGAGAGGGAGAACAGCGAGGGUGGUGUUCUGAAGGAAGGCAGGGGCCUGCCACGAGACAGACAUGUGAUCCCCAGCUCCGAGGAUGAAAGUUCCCCCACUGACAGUCCCUCGCUGCUGUACCCUGCUGUGCAGCUUUCAGCUCCUGAGGGAAACUCCAUUCACAAUGCCCAAAGCGUGGAUUACCUGCAGCACCAGCCACUCCACAGCGGUCUCCUGGGAUCCCUCACUUCCACGCUUGUAAAUCUGGGGUCCUGAAACAGUACAAUAAGAGGCCGCCCCAUUCUCGGUGGAUUGCUUCUUUGUUCUAGCCCUUCCACGCAUAAAUAUUCCUGUUUCCCACUAAAACUAUCACAUCACAUCAUGUCUCUUUCUAACAGGGAAACUGUGCUACAACCAUAUUGAAUCACCACUUUUGAUAUUGAGCAAAAAGCAACAGCCUUUAUGUUGGUGGAAAAUGACACGUGUUUUUCUAAUUGUGAGAAAGGCAGAAGCCGUCAGCCUGUGAAAUUUCGUCUAUCUGCACAUUCCCUGAAUUGCCAAAAAUCUUGAUUUCUCUGCCCUUUGCACCAGAACACCAGCAUAAAAACCAGUUAGCUGCAAAACAAGGGUAGUCCUCUCCCUAUAGAACCAAGCAAAAGCGAAGUAGCAAACUAGUAACGAAAGGCACAGAAUCACAAGUUUAAAGUUAGCAUGGGCGUAUACACCAGGAACAUCUGUUUAAACUAGAAAGCAUCCAAUUAAGGUUAAUUAGGACUUAGGCCUGGACAGCUGAGCACGUAUAAACACUUACCCUCCAGAGAGAACAAAUGCAAUUGGCAUAUCUUGCCACGGUGCCAAGAACCCUAAUGACUUGGACAGAGAACUAUAGUGGAACAUUCGAUGGAUUUUGGAACGGGACCAGGAAAAGGGGGGGUUAGAAAUAGCCUGCUAUUUAUCGUCUGCUGGUGGCUCCUUCUGCAGAAAGGUUCAGCAAGAAGAAUUAACAGGGUUGGGAGAUGAUCCUGGAAUAUACCUCUUGAAAGGUGUGGGAUAGGCAUCAAAGCCUAUUUUGACUGAUUGCUUGUAUAGAAUCAAAUGGUGUACAAGUAGUCCAUCAAAGCCAAAUAAUGUUCUACUGCCAAUUUUUUAAUAAAUGUAAAAUUGAAGAAAAAAUUAUCUAGGGCCAGAUUAACCACUUUUUGGGUUAUGUCCAAGUAAAAGACCCACUGCCCAUCUGCUUCUUUCCUACACAAACCUUUGUGUGGCUGUCAGUCCGU